UGUGCAGAAGACCGCUCAAAGCCAAAAAAAAAACAAUCUGAUAACAACUCAUGCGUGAUUGGUGACCUUUUUUAUUCGUAUAACAGAUCAAGUGCAAUUAAUUUUAAAUAGCUAACUAUCUGAUUCCGAUAGAUAAUAUUCUUGGUUGUACUGCAUUUAACGCCAGCACAUGACAAGGGCGACAGUUAAACGUUUAGCGCAAGUAAUUGACUGUCAUUGGAAUCUCAAUAGACUCACAAACAAUACUUUUACAUCUGUAUCGAAAACAAACUCUCGGUCCUCCUAUACCGGCAAAUUGAAUAUGUCGCUUAACGAAGCUAAACGCAUUGCGGCUCAUCGCGCUGUUGACGAAUGGGUUAAGACAAACACAACCGUUGGUAUAGGUAGCGGCUCAACAGUAGUGUUUGCUGUGGAGAGACUCGCUGAACGUGUACGUAAAGAAGGUUUAAAAAUAAUAUGUGUACCCACUAGUUUCCAAGCACGUCAGUUAAUUGUGGAGAAUGAUUUAACUCUUGGCGAUUUGGAUCGCAAUCCUAAACUAGCUGUGGCUAUCGAUGGCGCAGACGAGGUCGACCGCAAUAUGGUGCUUAUCAAAGGUGGUGGUGGCUGUUUAUUGCAGGAGAAAAUUGUAGCAUCUUGUGCUGAGAAAAUGGUGGUUAUAGCAGAUUACACAAAAAAUUCAGAAUAUUUGGGUGAGCAGUACAGGAAGGGUAUACCUAUUGAAGUGGUACCGAUGGCAUAUGUACCGAUAAAAGAGCGUAUUGCGGCAAGGUUUGGUGGCGAGCUGAAACUACGGAUGGCUGUAGCCAAAGCUGGGCCGUGUGUAACAGAUAACGGUAACUUUAUAUUAGACUGGCACUUUAAAGAAAGUUGUGAUUGUGAUUGGGCAAAGGUUAACGGCGAAUUACUCCAAAUCCCCGGCGUGGUUGAAACAGGUUUAUUUGUGAAUAUGGCGACUAAAGCUUACUUCGGCAUGGCUGAUGGCAGCGUAAAAACACAGGAAAAAUAAACUUUAUUAUUUAGCAUAAGGGAAAAUUUAUAUACUCAGGCGCACCUUUUCGGAUUUACACUAUUUAUAUGUAUGUAGUUUUAAAGUUACAUGUUAUUAAUCUCAAAAACAUAUUGUUAAUUUGAAAUUUUCUAUUGGUUUUUAAUGUAAAUAAAUAUUGUAUUUAAUUC